UCAACGUCAACACUAAGAAGAACCCAAAACCAAUCCCUGCAUUUAUUUCCCCCUUCCAUUUUCUCGUGUGCUUCAUCAAUUUCAAAAAUCUCAAGAGAACAAAAUCCAAAGGAGCAACCUUUUUUCGGGUCGAGAUGAGUCAACUCGGUGAACUGCUCAGGGAAACGUCCGAGUCGGACAGAACCGGAAGUGGGAGGACUGUGAUUCUGGGUCUGCUCGAGGACCGAUCCGACGGCGGAGAUCGAGCGAGGAGCAAGUGGAGAACCCUGAAGCGACGGCUGAGAUUGAAAAGCGUAGGCUGUUGUGGCGGGUCCGCUUGGAAUCUCCGACCAACGACGGUCGCCGUGGAAAAUGACAGCGAUGACGAGGAGAGGAUGGCGACACACUCGGGUCGGAACCGGGUCGUUGACUCGUUAGACCCAAGUCCGGAUCCGGGUCUUGGUACGGAUUCGGGCUGUUUGCUACCCGGAGUGACGAACCUUGCUGAGGCACUUGCGGCGGAACGACAGAGCGUAACGGCGGAAACGACGGCGAAGAAGGUGCCGUUGAUGAGGCUGAUGGCGGAAUCGGACGGCUGUGAUUCGACGUGGUUGGGGUGUGAUCCUGUGUGCUGCGUGUGCAUGGGAAGGGAGAAGGGGGCGGCGAUGAUUCCCUGCGGGCACACGUACUGUAGAGUUUGCUCCAGAGAGAUCUGGGUGGAUCGUGGCACGUGUCCUCUCUGCAACCGUCCGAUCUUUGACGUUCUCGAUCUUUACUGAACGGGUGAUUCCGGAUUUGAUGCGACUUGCGAGGAUGUGGAUCGACGGUGGAGAUGCGUUCAUUUUCAUCUGUAUGGUGUUACGUGGAACAGGGUGAUCAUUGGUGAUGAUGUGGAUAUAAAAUUUCAAAGUAAUGGAAAAAAAAAGCAUAAUUUAUAAUUCGGUGUGUAUGUACAAUAAAAUCGAAUAUGUGAAAUGAUCAGUACACAGAAAGUGACGAUA